AUGGAUACAAUAUCCACUAAUGGUUUAGCUUUAAUUACUCAAAAUUAUAAUCAUAUCACUGACGCUACUUCAGCAUCAUUAUCAACAUUUGGUGAUGGACGUUCAUCUUCGGCUCAAAACAAUUUCAGUUAUAUCCACUAUUGGUCAACGGCAAAAAAAAUCGAAUUAUUAUCAUCAUUUUCUCGUUGUUCAACACCAUUAUGCGUUUGUACUGGCUGGAAACACGAACAAUCGGCCGUCUUGAAUGGUGAUGAUAAUACAGCAGCUACUGAGCAAUCGAAAAAACUCUAUUGUACUACAUGUCAACAUUCUUUUGAUUGUCAUUCAAAUCGUUGGUUAAACGCUAAUGAACAACAAAUUGAAUAUGGCAUACAGUUGUUAUUAGAUGCUGAUUGGCUUAUAACGAUGGGUGCAUCAAACGAACAUGAUCUAUCAACAAAUCGAAUUAUUCUAUUUACUGCACAAGUAUUACAUAAUACAAUUGGUGAUCCGUUUAAUUAUAGUGUUAGUGCCGGUCUUGGUAAUCUUAUCGGUUCACCGCCAUUUGAACAACCAACCAUUUUAACAGCUGUCAUUAAUUUUGUCGCUUAUCAAUACACAAAAGCAAUUGAAAAUAAAAUACAAAUUAUAUUCGAAGCUGCUAAACAUUUUUUACAUUUAAUUAAUACAUGGAAGAUGCCAUCAAUUGUGUCGUAUAUACUAUCGAAACAGAAAACAGAACAAACAUCAAUAAAUAGUGAUAAAGUAAUGAAAACAAUACCAAAAAAUGAUGAAACGAUAUUAACGGAUGAAAAACCUCAGGCAGCGCCUGUGAAUGGUGACGAAUCGCAACCGUCUUGUUCUUCAUCUUCAUCGUUCUCUCAAACAACAUCUACAAAAAAGCCCUUGGAUAAUCGAGAAUAUGAAUUAUGGUAUGCUCGAUGGACAAGUUAUUGUAUCUUACCACAAAUAUGCAAUAAAACAAUGAUAAAGUAUGAUUGUAUAAAUAUAUUUGGUCUCACAUAUAUGAAAUAUAUUUAUGAACAUUUUAAAGUUGAAAUACUCAAACGUAUUGAACAACGUCAAUUAUCCUCUAGUCUCGUUUUUCAAAAUUUUAUUGAUUCAUUUCAACAAACAUUCGAUGAAACAUCACCAUCCCAUUGUUGUUGGAAUAAAUGUUAUGAACGUCCAAUAAUACCGAUUGAAGCGGAAAUUUAUACGUUUACACAAUCAAAACAACAAUCAUCAUCGUCAGACAAUUCUAGUCAAACUACUCUUCCUCCAACAAUAUCAGCAUCAACGACAACAACCACAACAGCAACACCAACAACAAUAAAAUAUGAACCAGAAAAGAAAGUAACUCGUCGUGUUUCAAAAGCAUUGACAAAUAAACGUCGUCUUGAAACGCCUACAUCAUUGCAAACGAUCGACAAACAAUCACUAACAAGUUCAUCGUCAUCGAUCAAUUCGUAUCAUCCCUAUUCACAUGAAUUCGCACGUAAAAUAUGGUCGAACGUUAAAGAACACCAUCAAAAACGCAUACAAGCAGAAAUAGAAAAAACAUUGUAUAAAGCGAAUCCAAAGCGAGAUGAAGUAGCUCGAUUAGCUGAACAACGUGGUUUUGCUGAAUUUCAUUUGAUUAAACAUAAUUUACAAACAUCAAAAACAGCAAAUGAGACAGAUAUCAUGUAUAAACGCUUAUUACAAUUAAUUAAUGUAUUUUCACGAGCACUACCAAAAAUGCCACAAAACUAUAUAGCACGCACAGUAUUAGAUCCGAGACAUCAAUCACUAGUCAUUAUAUUUACUUCCAAAGUAAUUGGUGGUAUUACAUACAGAAUGUUUCAACAUCGAAAUUUUACUGAAAUUGUUUUUUGUGCUGUUAGUGAAUAUCAACAAGUUCGAGGUUAUGGAACACAUUUAAUGAAUCAUUUGAAAGAUUAUCACAUUAAAAAGAAUAUCAAACAUUUGUUAACUUAUGCUGAUGGAUUUGCCGUUGGCUAUUUUAAAAAGCAAGGUUUUUCAUCAACAAUAACACUAAAUGAAAAUGUUUAUUUGGGUUAUAUCAAAGAUUAUGAUGGUGCAACGUUAAUGCAAUGUGAUUUAUAUAAUGACAUUUGUUAUACAAAAUUAACUGAAACAUUCACAUUAAUUAAAGAUUGUUUGCAUACGUUAAAACUUUAUAAACAUCAAGAAUUGUUACAUUGUUAUGGUGAAAAGUAUGGUGCCAGAUUUGCUAUGGAUGAUGAUAGUAAUGAAAAUACAGAUGAUCGUAAACAAAUGAUACCGGAUGUCUUAUUUAAUGAACAAAAUGAUGAACAGCCAGAUGUACUGUACAUAACACUGAACGGUGUCUAUAAGGAAAUACGCCAGCAUUCAAAUUCUAUCUAUGUUCAACGUUUAAAAUUGAACUCAUUAUCAACGAAUGAUCAUACAAUAUUAUAUCCAAUUGAUUUAGAUUUGAUACAAGAACGCUUAAAAGUACAAUAUUAUCAAAAUUCGUAUACGUUUAUCGCUGAUAUGAGUCGAUUGUUACAUUUAUCUCGACAUAUUUAUGAGCAGAAAAAAGAAUAUCAAGACAUUAAACUAUUUGAUGCGUUUGUGAGAAGAAAAAUGAAUGAAUUUGGAUUAGAAAUGCCGAACAAUGCGUUAUAA